CUCUCACAAAUCCACGCGCUCCACAGACCACUCAGCUCAACCAGUCAAGCUCAACGCAAGCGACCACAAGCACUGAAGCAGCCACUCGACUCCACAUACCAAGCUCAAGCAUCCACCUGAAGAAAACAGCAGCAGCAGCCAGCAGGAAGCAGCCAUGGACAUGGGCCGCCUCGAGCGCUCGACCUCCUCCUCCUCGUCCUCCACCACCUCGGCGUCCUCGUCCUCGUCGGGCAGGAACGACAAGGCGUCGCCGCCGACCUCGCCCUCCCCGCCGGCGCCGCCCAAGAAGCGCCCCGCGGGCCGCACCAAGUUCCGCGAGACGCGCCACCCGGUGUUCCGCGGCGUGCGCCGCCGGGGCGCCGCGGGCCGCUGGGUGUGCGAGGUGCGCGUCCCGGGGAACCGCGGCGCGCGCCUGUGGCUCGGCACCUACGUCGCCGCCGAGGCCGCGGCGCGCGCGCACGACGCCGCGAUGCUCGCCCUGGGCCGCGGCGGCUCCGGGGCGGGGCUCAACUUCCCGGACUCCGCGUGGCGGCUCGCGCUGCCGCCGCCCUCCGCGCUCCCGAGCCUGGACGACGCCCGCCGCGCCGCCCUCGAGGCCGUCGCGGACUUCCAGCGCCGCUCCGGUGCCAAUGACAGCGCCGCCGCCGCGGUCGACAAGGCGACCUCGAGCAUGUCGGCUCCGCCGCCGUUGCCGGGCAUUUCCGGGUCGCUGGCGACGUCCCUUGAGCACGUACCCGCGGAGGCUGAUGAGACGGCGGCGUUGGACGGCGGCGCGUUCGAGCCCGACUGGUUCGGCGACAUGGACCUGGACACGUACUACGCCAGCCUCGCGGAGGGUCUGCUCAUGGAGCCGCCGCCGCCCCCGGCGGCCGCCUGGGAACAUGGCGACUUUGGCGACGGCGGAGCGGACGUCGCGCUCUGGAGCUACUAGAGAGUUUCAAAUAAGCUUGACGAUCCCCCAACUGAUUGUACUGUAAUCUGUACUUCUGUAACAAAAUUCAAACUUCAACGGUUCAAAGAAUUUUGUCUCAAACUUUCCAACCA